CAACGGAGGCAGUUCCGCGCGUGCGCGGGGAGGCGGGGCCCGCGCCGCCGCCAUCUUGCCCCGGGAGCGGGCCCGCCGCCAUGGAGGCGGGCGCGGGCGGGCGCAAGGAGCGGCCGAAGCCGCGGGAGCCGGCGGCGCGGCUGGAGAGGGCCCGGCAGAGGGCGGCGCAGCAGGAGCUCAAGCAGCGGCAGCGGGCGGAGAUCUAUGCCCUGAACCGGGUGAUGACGGAGCUGGAGCAGCAGCAGUUCGACUCCUUCUGCAGGCAGAUGCAGGCGUCGGGCGAGUGAGCCCUGGGCCCCCUCCGACCCCGCGUUAUUUAUUAGCAAAGAGCCCCUUGGUUUGGGUUUUUUUUCUAAAUAAACCCUGUGCUGGUCC